ACGAUCCGUGUGUACGCGGACUUCUUUUCAUCACGCUCGCUCCAAAGAUUUGGUGCAAAAACCGCGAAGCUGUUGUCUACGUGGACCGGUGCCGAAGCCUACCGUCCUACUGCCAGGGCCUGUGCCAAAGCCAGAGACAUGGCAACCAACGGCACCAAAACGGAUGGCCAAGUGACGGAACUGAACGAGGUGGCCGCCAAUAAUGACAAGCCCAAGUCGCUGGACAUCAAGCCUGAAAAUACAAAAAAGGAGUUGCCAGCUCGAGAAACAUGGGGAGGGAAAUUUGAUUUCCUCCUGUCGUGUGUGGGUUAUGCAAUCGGACUGGGCAACGUGUGGAGGUUUCCUUAUCUCUGUGGCAAAAACGGUGGAGGGGCCUUCUUGAUUCCGUAUUUUUUGACCCUCAUAUUUGCCGGGAUGCCAUUGUUCCUUCUGGAAUGCUCCCUGGGUCAAUACACCUCAAUUGGGGGGCUCGGUGUGUGGAAACUGGCACCUAUGUUUAAAGGUGUGGGCCUUGCAGCUGCUGUCCUUUCCUUCUGGCUUAACAUUUACUACAUUGUAAUCAUUUCCUGGGCUAUUUAUUACCUGUACAACUCCUUCACCGCUGAUCUACCAUGGAGCUCAUGUAACAAUCUAUGGAACACAGAAAAGUGUUACACAAAUUACUCCAUUCCAGACACCACCAACCUCACCAGUGCAGUGGUGGAGUUUUGGGAGCGCAAUGUGCACGAAAUGACCGAUGGCUUGGAAAAACCGGGCCAGCUUCGAGUGCCACUCGCAAUAACCCUGGCCAUCGCUUGGGUUCUCGUCUACUUCUGUAUCUGGAAAGGGGUCAGCUGGACAGGCAAGGUGGUUUACUUCUCGGCGACAUAUCCCUACUUUAUGCUCUUCAUUCUCUUCAUUCGUGGAGUGACCCUGCCCGGAGCAAGAGAGGGAAUUCUCUUCUACAUCACGCCUGAUUUCGAAAAGCUCAAAGAAUCCGAGGUAUGGCUGGACGCAGCAACCCAAAUCUUUUUCUCGUACGGAUUGGGAUUGGGAUCACUCAUCGCUCUUGGAAGCUACAACCCGUUCAACAAUAAUGUUUACAGAGACUCUCUUAUCGUUUGCUGCAUCAACUCAUGCACCAGCAUGUUUGCUGGUUUUGUCAUUUUCUCCAUUGUUGGCUUCAUGGCACACGUGACCAAGAAGGAAAUCGCCGAUGUAGCGGCUUCAGGUCCCGGCUUAGCUUUCCUGGCAUACCCAGAGGCUGUAACCCAGUUGCCUGUGUCUCCACUGUGGGCUAUUCUGUUCUUCUCCAUGCUGCUCAUGCUGGGGAUAGACAGCCAGUUCUGCACUGUGGAGGGCUUCAUUACUGCUUUAGUGGAUGAAUUUCCCAGAGCGCUCAGAGGUAGACGAGAGAUCUUCAUCGCAGUCGUCUGCCUGGUGUCUUAUGUGAUCGGCCUUUCAAACAUCACACAGGGUGGGAUUUAUGUGUUCAAGCUGUUUGACUACUACUCUGCCAGUGGAAUGUGUCUGCUCUUCUUGGUCUUCUUUGAAUGCAUCUCCAUAUCCUGGUGUUACGGCGUGGACAAGUUCUACGACAACAUCCAGGAGAUGAUCGGCUACAAGCCUUGCGUGUGGUGGAAGCUGUGCUGGGUGGUGUUCACCCCCCUCAUUGUCGGUGGGGUGUUCUUGUUCAGCGCCGUACAAAUGGUUCCGCUCACGAUGGGAGACUAUGUGUUCCCAGGCUGGGGUCAGGGAGUGGGCUGGCUUAUGGCACUCUCUUCUAUGGUUCUCAUACCGGGAUACAUGAUUUAUAUGUAUCUCGGCCUUAAAGGCACCUACAAAGAGCGACUUCGGAUAAUGCUUCAGCCUCCAGCGGUUGUCAGGCGGCCGCAGGAAAACGGACCCGAGCAGCAGGUGGAAACCAAUACUGCCAAUUUAUCCAGCCCCGUUAAUCCCGCCAACCCCGCCAGCCCGACCGAUCCAGUCCCCGCCAACCCGGCUCCAGUCAACGCAAGCAGCCCCGUAGCCCCUGCUCUGCCGCCGGCUAACCCUCCCGCCGCUGCCACUAGCCCUGUGACUUGUCCCACCAUCGUGACCACCAUCACCACAGCCGCCACCACUACGGCCAGUCCGGCCAGCCCUCCCACAACAACAGUCAGUCCAACAAUCCCUCCCCCAAACCCAGCGCAUCCAGCAGAGCCCGUUAACCCGCCAAACCCAGCCAGUGCGACCUCUAACCUGACCACUGCCGAGGCCAACGUGUAGACAACGAAGAAACCCUCUUGGAGCACGUAGACAAAAGAGAACAUUACAACGGACUUACUUCCAAGAUUUUAAUUGAUUCACCUACCUCCGAGGGCAAUACCUGAUCGAAACAGAUUUUCCAACCACAUUUCAUUUUCCUACAUUUUCAAGCCAACGAUGUCCUACUGUUGGUAUGCAUUCCGAAAAUAUCAAAGACUGUUAGUGUGCACCGCUACAACCAUAAAUCUGAGUAUUAAGAAAAAUAAAAUAAACAUACUGUGUAAUACUGUGAGAAAAGAAAAAAAAUAACUAGAGAUAUAGAUUAGAAGUAUGUUGAAUAUCUUCAUAAAUCGAGUAAAUACCUGUGUGAAUAUAGUAGAUGAAGUAGUGAACAAAAUUGACAUUGCUGACAACAGCAAGGGCUGUGUCAAUUUUAUCGUGGAUGUUUACUAAAUCUCACACAGUUGUCUCUUUUUCAAAACGUUGCACUCUGUGAGGCAAAUUGAAGGCCAGAGCGCAGUCGAGGAGCUCGUGAGAAAGCACAAUGCCAAUAAGAAGUUAAUGUUUAGAAGUCAGCUGGAGCGAUCCAGUCAUGUUUUUGUGUGAGAGGGACUGUUAUUUUUUUCCUUCCUUUUUUCAGUACAAAAAAAAGAAAAAAACUUUUAUGUGAUGGAAACAUUUUUAGAAUUAUUUUUAGGAGGUUUUAUACUCUAUGUUGUCGAUGUGAUGGAGGACCAAAUCAAUAGGCAGACAUGCAAAAACGAUGCCAUUUUCGCGUCUGGUUGGCAGAAGCACAGGGUACGAAGGGGUACACAAAUAAAAAGGAAGAAAUAAAAAAAGCACAGGGUUAGAGAAAGUGAUUUACUAACGUGGACUAUCCCUUAAUCCUGACAGUCAGCGCUGUUUACGAUUUGCAUGCUUUCCUCAGGAACAUCAGAGAAAAAUGUCUGAAAUUCCUGACAAAAAAAAAAAAGAUGGCCUUAAGCCAAAACAUCAAUUUCAACCAAGCCGUGGUCUGUUUACAUGACUGGGCGCAACAACUACAACAACAACUAAAGGGCCACAUCGUACGCUGGCACAAGAGCCUGGACCAACUGUGUUUGAGUCAUGACUUUUCUGUACCUGUAUGGAUCAAUAUUAGUUUGAUCAAUACAUGUAUUCAGCAAUACAUACGUAGAUGUAUAAGCGCAGGCCAGUAAGCAAGUGGUCUGCUUCUCUUUUUGUCUCUGCUGUCUUUGGUUCAUUUGUGACAAGCGCAAAGCUUUAAUUUGCCCAGACGUUUACCAUAGCGUGUUAGCACCAUGCUUGUUAACUUCUGCGGCAGCUAAUGCGAUAAAAGAAUCGGGUUGGGAAAGUAACACGUUCACAGUGCAAAGCGAAACAUCGGAGGGGGAAUGUGUAAUGGCUACAGUUCAUGUCCCGUGAAUUUUCAUUUAUUUGUAUAAAGUUACUCUACCACAGUUUUCUCUGGAAGUUUGUUGUAAAUCCGUACCGUGUAAACAUGUAACUGUGAAUGUCUGUAAUACAUUGGAAGUUAAUGUCUAAAUGUUGAAGAAGAAAAAAAAAAAAAUGGAGUUGCUGUUUUCUGCAAUAAUAUUUUUGGUCACAGAAGCUAAAGCACAUAUCUGACAGAAAUAUAUGAAAUGACGAAAUGACAAUGAAGAUACCGAUGAUUAUAUUAAAAAUAGAACCUAUGUCUAGUAAAACAAUAUUGUUUUGUAUAUUUUUAACUGUCUCACUGCCUAAUGUAAAACAUUAUAUAGACAUGAUAUGUAUUUAAAUGGUGUCAAAUGAUAAAGCACGAUUGUUAUGUUCUACAAACAGAAAAAGAAUGAAAAAAAUAAAGAGUUCUAGAAAAUAUGAUGACAACGUGUGCUAAGUAGCAGUCCCAGGAUCUUUCAACACUGUUAUCAGAUGAACGUCUGAAUCCUGCAGUAAUUGGCUAUUGUUCCAUCUCGUGAUGUUUAAAGUAUUUCUACUCAAUAGUUGAUCACUUUUGAGGAAAUGUGGGACAAAUAAAAGCACAACA